GGUGCCUGGGCCGCGCUGCCACUUGCUCAGACGUAGGAACUGCCGGCGUGCGUCCGGGAGCCUCCUGACGCUGGCUGUCCAUGUCUCUGGCAGCCUAGUGGCAGCAUGGCCACGGUGGCAGCGGCGGCCCGCGGGGUCGGGGCGAGGGCGGUGGCGGGGCUGCGAAGCGGCAGCGGGGCUGUGGCUCGAGGACGACCGCCCGCGGACUGCGCUCGGCGCCUGUGCACUGCCCCGGCUGCCCCGGCUGCUGUGGACAUGAAAAGCUACCUGUGGGCGCGCUACCACGAGGCGAAGAGGAGCACGGACGAAUUGGUUCCCUCCAUCAUGAACAACUUGCUGAAUCCAGAUGCCAUUUUCUCGAACAAUGAGAUGAGCUUGUCGGACAUCGAGAUAUAUGGCUUCGACUACGAUUACACCCUGGUGUUCUAUUCCAAACAUCUCCACACGCUCAUCUUCAACGCUGCCCGGGACCUUCUCAUCAACGAACACAGGUAUCCUGCAGAAAUCAGGAAGUAUGAGUAUGACCCAAACUUUGCCAUCCGUGGACUCCAUUACGACGUCCAGCGGGCAGUGUUGAUGAAGAUUGAUGCCUUUCAUUACAUCCAGAUGGGAACGGUGUACAGAGGCCUCAGUGUUGUUCCUGAUGAAGAGGUCAUUGACAUGUACGAGGGGUCCCAUGUGCCGCUGGAGCAGAUGAGUGACUUUUAUGGAAAGAGUUCUCACGGGAACACCAUGAAGCAGUUCAUGGACAUCUUCUCACUGCCCGAGAUGACCCUGCUGUCCUGUGUGAACGAGCACUUCCUGAAGAACAACAUCGACUAUGAGCCUGUGCACUUGUACAAAGAUGUCAAGGACUCCAUACGGGAUGUCCACAUCAAGGGAAUAAUGUACCGAGCUAUCGAAGCGGACAUUGAGAAGUACAUCUGUUAUGCUGAGCAGACCCGCGCGGUGUUGGCUAAAUUGGCUGCCCACGGCAAGAAGAUGUUCCUCAUUACCAAUAGCCCCAGUAGCUUUGUAGACAAAGGGAUGCGGUACAUCGUGGGGAAGGACUGGCGGGACCUUUUCGAUGUGGUCAUAGUUCAGGCCGAGAAACCGAACUUCUUCAAUGACAAGCGGAGACCUUUCCGAAAGGUGAACGAGAAAGGUGUCUUACUCUGGGAUAAAAUCCACAAGCUGCAGAAAGGCCAGAUCUACAAGCAGGGCAAUUUGUAUGAAUUUUUGAAGCUCACUGGAUGGAGAGGAUCCAAAGUACUGUAUUUUGGUGACCACAUAUACAGUGAUCUGGCGGAUCUGACCCUAAAGCACGGCUGGCGCACUGGAGCGAUCAUCCCCGAGCUCCGCUCCGAGCUCAGAAUCAUGAACACGGAGCAGUACAUCCAGACCAUGACGUGGCUGCAGACCUUGACCGGGCUCUUGGAGCAGAUGCAGGUCCACAGAGAUGCUCAGUCACAGCUGGUUUUGCAGGAGUGGAAAAAGGAGAGGAAAGAGAUGAGAGAAAUGACCAAAAGUUUCUUCAACGCCCAGUUUGGGAGUUUGUUCCGCACAGAUCAGAAUCCAACCUACUUCCUGAGGCGCCUGUCAAGGUUCGCGGACAUUUACAUGGCAUCUCUGAGCUGCCUCCUGAACUACGAUGUCAACCACACAUUCUACCCCAGGAGGACUCCCCUGCAGCACGAGCUUCCUGCGUGGUCGGACAGCCCAUCUGCCUUCAAAGCCCCUCUGCUGCAGGAGGCUCAGGCUAAGUAACCCUGUGUUUGCCUGAGGAAAAAGCCAGAAGCAUUCGUGGCCUCACAGAGUGUCAAGUAGCCUGAGAGUUGCUUCCCAGAGUCAGAUGCGCCUUUUGUAUUUUUUCUACCUUACCAUGAAUACUGUCCUGUCCAGGUUGAGAUAGGAGCUGGCCACCUGGGGUCUCCUGGCCCUUCUCCACACAACACUGAUUCAGUCUUGUUUAAUGUGGAACUAACAACGUCAGGCCUCUUGACGAGCGCACCCUCUUGAUGGCUGUCUGUGUUCAGUAGGUCAAGAGUGGACACCUUGAUUCUGUGAGGCAUUUCUUGGUUGUUUACACGCGGUUACAUUGAGGACCACAAGGGCAUGGUGAAAUGCAGAGACAGUAGGAAGCAGGUUGCUGAGGAAGCAGCCCUACCUGCGGCCAGUUCCCUGGUCUUCUGGUCCUAGGCUUUCAAAGACACUUUGCCGUAGAAAUCACAGCCUACCGGAACGACUUUGCUGAGGAAGAACAAGAAGUGUUUGUCCUCAGUGUGCACUUGCUUUGUCUGCCCGAAGGGGUGACGGAUGGGUUCCCUCCUCCCCAGGAAAGGGGUAAGGACACAGCCACUCGAGCUAAAGUUGCCUUUCAGCCAGUGGGUCGGACAUAUUAGAGGACAACAAAGACGCAAAGCCUUGGGACUCGGCCUGUGGCCAGCGCUAUCCCGUGUGCUAGGCCAUCCAGCAUAGACAGCUGCUGAUGGGAAUGCCAUGUUUCAUGCCGAGAGCCAAGCUGGGGAAAUCUCCUCUGCCCUUCCCCCUCUGGAGGGAAGACUCCUUAUUACGUCUGUUUGCAGUAUCUUUGAACACAUUUGGGCACCACAGGAGUGGCUGCUGUCACUGACAGUUCUGUUCAAUGGCGUUUUCAUUGCAAAGGCCAUGGAAGUGCUGGUGGCCAGAUUAGCCUUGUCUCCUGUGGCCUGACGCCUUGUAAGCUUUUACACUAACGUGGCACUGCUGCUGCCGCCGCCAUAGCUGCUGCUUCUUUCCCUUGCCCCCUCCUUAACCCCCUAUCCCUCACCCUCACCCCCAGUUAGGGUCUUGCUAUGGAGCCUGGGCUAGCCUUGGACUCAAUCCUCCUGCCUCAGUCUCCGGAGUCUCGUAUUACAGGCAUGCAAAAGUGUGAAGGCGGCAGGAGCAUGAAGGAGACGUGUGGCGAGUGCUUGCUCUUUGGCAUCUUUAUGGCAGUAAGUAGAUCUAGCCGGCUGAUGAGGGGCCGCUCCCAGCCCCAUCGCUGUUGCAGGCUGCCUGCCGAUGUGCAGAAGCUAAAUGAACCGUGUAGCAUUCACUGUGAAGCCCUGUGUUAGCAUGGUGUCUUUGCUGUUGCUAGUGUUGAACGUUGUUUCGAAGGUGACCCUUCAGGCCCCUCCCCCUCUCGUGUGUUGUAUUCUAAGCACCGGGGUUCAGCAUUCUGCUCCUUUUCAGAACAGGAUGGGUAUUUUUCUGUUCCGGUGUUCCUGUUCCCCAGUGUUAGCCACCAGGGGGUUUUGGCAACUGCUCCGUGUCAGAGUCCUAAAAGGGGCGUGCUUGGGAUGCCCCUGACUCGUGCUUUGGGGAGCAGAGUGAAGCUAAAAACAGUGACUCUUUGAUCGGAUCCUGUAUUCUUCGGGUGUAGACUAGAUGCCAGUUUCCAGGUUUGUCUACUCAGGAUCGAGGCAGAGCUGCUCUCUUAAUGCCUACAGUAGGCGACCAAAGCCUGGGGGGGGGAGGGGGGGGACAUCUGGCUGUGAGAACUGCAUCUUACAGCCUGCUCUGUAUACAAGGAUCACAGUCUCGAGGCCACCAAGCUCGACCGUACUGGGUCAGCCGGGACGUCACACCCGACACACAGCCGGGCAGACUGCACACUCAAACCGUGCUCUGGCAGAGUGGCCUGGCACGGCAUCCUGCAUGAAGAACAGGGGCGUUUCCACCGUGUUCCAGUCCUCCGCUAGUGCAGUCAGGACAAGUUUUAGCUUGUCCCUGGGACUCUUGGCUGGGGUCUGACCUACUGCACUGGUAUCGUGUUCUUUUUAGAGUAUUCUUUUGUGUGCACAUUGAGGACGGUAUAUAGGUAAAAGGAGAGUGGGGUUUUUUCCACCUUUAAAAAAUAUCAAAUUGUAAACCGAACAGUAAAAAUUUUAAUAUCUUUGAACUAUACAUUUUUUUUGACAUUGUUUAGACUGAUUUUCUUAGAAUCAUGUGAACAAAAAUUCAGUCUAAGGGCAGUCCCUGCCAGGGUGACAUCCAGCAAGGCCAUGGUGUCAGCAGCGGCCACUGGAGUGGUUUGCACUGCUGGGGUUUUCUCAGAGUUGCUUUUUCAGGGGAGAGCUGGCUUUAAAAAUAUCUCAGGUGCUGGGUGUUUGAAGCUCUUGCUUUUCCUCCUAAGAUAGCACACCUUCCUCUUCCCUCCCCCUCCUCCCUCCUUUCUUCUUCCCCCUCUUCCCUCUCCCCUUCUUUUCUCUUCCCCCCACCCUUCCUCCCUUCCUCUCCUCUCCAGCUUUGGCCUCUGCUCUCCACACAUGUCUGUCUCUGUCAAGUCCCCAACCCUCUUCUUCCUUCCUAACACCCCCACCCCCACACCUUCCACACCCCUCUUUACCAUUAAUACACCUGCCACUGAUGUGGUCAGAUCUCAGACUAAAUUACCAGUUGCUUUGAACACAUCGGCCCUCUUAUUUAUUGCAAUAAAGGAGAAGUGAAAAGCUGUCGUGCCUCCUACCUAAUUUAGCUUUGGGUGAACUAAAUGGCUUUCCCCUCCCCUCAGCAAGUGCUAAAUACACAGAAAUUCCACUUUAUCCAAAUGCUCACUUGCUGCCAGAAACCUACUUGAGGCUCUUGACUAAAAUGCUCAAAAGACUGAAUGGCCAGAUGCAGGGAGGGCUCCUUGAUAGUUCUCUCCCGCUGCUCAGGGAGCCCAUCCAUUCUUUCUCCGCCCAAGGAUUUUCUUUAGUUUGUUAUUUUUGGGACGGGGUCUCAGUGUGCAGCUCUGGCUGGUCUGGAAGUUACUAUGUAGAGCAGGUUAGCCCUCAGAGAUAUCCCCUGCUUCCACAGAGCGUUGUGAUAAGAAGUGUGAACCACCAGACCUGGUGUGAUUUCCUUUUGUUGGGUGGGUUGGUUUUUGUUUUAUUUUUUCUUUCUCCUCUUUUUUCUUCUUGUUAUUUAUUUACUUAUGUCUUUGGCAUUAAUAUUUGGGAGCAAGGUUCUUUAGUUUAGCUAACGUUUCAGACCACAGAUAGGUUAAACAACGGGAAGGAAGAGGAGGGGGGCCUUUUCUAAUUAGGGAACCAUUUUCAACUUCGAAGGCCCUCCCAUUGCUGCAUCUGCAGGAAUGGAUCCACUGUUCCAUGGGGAUUUGAUUCACCAGCACAGACUGUGGGUGCUGGCUCCUGCUUGGAUGGCAAGAUUCUUUGCUUAGAGCAUGUGGGGUCUUUCCUGCUUGGGUACAGUUAGUGUAAGCGCUAAGCCACUGUGCCGUGCUCCCUUAGGAACCCUGUCUCCCCCUCUACACGGCCACAGCCAGUGCUAUGUGAGUUUGCAGUACCUGCCAAGAUUGCUUCACUGUGGAUUUGAGCUGUGAGCUGUUACCCUUUUUAUGACUCUGCUGGGCUCAGGACUGAAGGCUGAUUCAUCCCAGGGGCUGGGAGUGGUGCGGGCUGAUGUGUUUCUCUUUGAGAAUUUCCUUGACGCGCAGCCUUGCUUUGCUCCGGAUCACAUGCCUUUCCUGCAGUGUAUAAUCUGUGACUGUUCCCUAUGAAGGGACAGGGCCUGGUCUCUCCAACAUUACUUUGGGGCUAGCUCCAGAGCUCCCUUUAGGGCUACCAAGACCUUCUUGUGUUUGCCUUGUGUUGCAGCACCCCUCCCCCGCAACUAGUUUGCCCCUCCUUGUCCCAGAUGUGGAUCCCAGCAGUGAACCUCUCAAGACCUUCCUGCAUGAAACUUUUUGUCUCCAGUCUGCUCCUCCCAAAGUGCUCCUGCAUUGUUUUUCUCUGUUAGCACAGGCUUGAGCUCCGAUGUAGGCCCAUUCCCUAAUUGUGUCAUGGAACGACUGUACCUGUGUGGCAUCAGGCAUGACAAAUGCAAAGUAGGUUUACUAUUUAUUCGGAAUGUGAAUUUGCUAUUUAUUCUACAUGUUGAUUGUCUAUGUUGUGAUAAUGAACUCAAAGCCAAAUAAAAGCUUGAAUUGUA